AUGCCGUCCUUGCCGCUUCAGGUGGCGGUGGUCUGCUCUAGCAACCAGAAUCGGAGCAUGGAGGCACACCACAUCCUCAGCAAGCGAGGUUUCAAUGUCCGUUCCUUUGGAACAGGAUCUCACGUGAAGCUUCCAGGACAGGCACCCAACAAGCCAAAUGUUUAUGAUUUCAGAACCACAUAUGAUCAGAUGUACAACGAUCUUAUUAAGAAAGACAAGGAUUUCUAUACGAAGAAUGGCAUUUUGCAUAUGUUGGACAGAAAUAAAAGAAUCAAGCCUGGUCCAGAAAGGUUCCAAAAUUGUAAAGAGUGGUUCGAUCUGAUCCUCACUUGUGAAGAGCGAGUCUAUGACCACGUGGUGGAAGAGCUGAAUUCCAGAGAGCAGGAGACCUGCCAACCCGUGCAUGUGGUCAAUGUGGAUAUACAAGACAACUAUGAAGACGCCACCCUCGGGGCAUUCCUCAUCUGUGAGCUCUGCCAGUGUAUCCAGCACACUGAUGACAUGGAUGAUGAGAUUGAAGAGCUGCUGCAGGAGUUCGAAGAGAAAAGCGGCAAGGCUUUUCUGCACACCGCCUGCUUCUACUGA